CUAACCUAACCUCUCUUUUUUUUUGUAAAUAUGAUCGUGUGUACACGUUUAACUGUUGCAAAUGAUGUCUAAUUAAAAUAGAAAUGGAAGAAGCAUUCACUAGAGUAGUACAACACGUUUUUAAUAAUUGGACGGCGUUGAAACUAGCCGUAGAACAUUCUAUGGGAGGACCUAACAGUAAACAAACUGCAGUAGAAUGUAUGAAUUACAUGGUCCAGUAUUGCCUAUAUGAGCCUAGCGUUGAUGUACUGAGCAUCGAAGAAGCUUUAGAGGAUAUUUUAGAUGAAGAAUUUGAAACCGUUUGUGAAGACAAUUCACCCAAAGAGGUGGCAGCGAUUUUGUUUAAAUUUAUACAGCUUAUAAAGGAGGGGAAUGUGGAACAGUGCGAGAUAGAAUAUCAGAAGUUACCGACCAUGAAUGCCGACUGGUUGAAUCAAUUGAAAACACAGUCAUCUCAAACAGUGGUCAAUGACGAUUCUUCAAGUGAAGACGAACAAACUAAAUCACAGACUGCUAUGGAGCAGGACGGAUGGACGGAGGUAAAAACUAGAAAGAAGAGAUGAUAAAACAUUAAAAUAUAACACAAUCCAGUCUUUUUGUAACAAUUCAAUGCUGAAUCCAUUUCCUUUAUUGUAAAUAAAAAUCUCAAUAUAUCACAUACUAAGAUCA